UAAUAAUCGCUGAAUUAAAAUUUCAGUCUUUGUUGAGUAGUCCUUUGCCUCUUUACUGCUUGUUUGCUGGGGUUGAUGAAAUGAAGAUGGUAGGCUUAGAGCUGUUGAUUGGCCAGGGGUUUUAGCCACCUCAGCUCAGGAGAGUGUCCUACAUUCAGGAACAUGUCCUCAACAGCAGGAAAGAUUACUUCUUCAUGUGUGUCUGGUCAUAGGUAGAUUUUUCACAAGUUAGUGAUGGGGUAUAGGUAUUUCCAUCAUUCCCAAAGUAAUUGUAUUCUAGUCACACACAUUAUUGAAGAUAACUGGAUGUCAGAACUUCAAGCAAGCACUUCUUCUAGUAUGUGCUAAAAGAAUGAUUGUUCAGGUAAUUUGUACUGUUUGUUUCUUGGCAGUAAAUAUAUUUUCUGUUAGAUCUUCUUUUGAUUUCCUGAAAGUGAAUGACAUUGAUGAGAUUAAUCAGACACUUGUAUCAGAAUUUAUUCUUCAGGGUCUCUCUGGAUACCCAAAGAUUGAGAUUGUUUACUUUGCUCUGAUUCUAGUAAUGUACCUAGUGAUUCUCAUUGGCAAUGGUGUUCUGAUCAUAGCAAGCAUCUUUGAUUCUCGUCUUCACACUCCCAUGUACUUCUUCCUGGGCAACCUCUCUUUCCUGGAUAUCUGCUAUACAUCCUCCUCUGUUCCCUCAACAUUGGUGAGCUUAAUCUCAAAGAAAAGAAAUAUUUCCUUCUCUGGAUGUGCAGUGCAGAUGUUCUUUGGGUUUGCAAUGGGAUCAACAGAAUGUUUGCUUCUUGGCAUGAUGGCAUUUGAUCGUUAUGUGGCCAUCUGUAACCCGCUGAGAUACCCUAUCGUCAUGAGCAAAGUGGCAUAUGUACUGAUGGCUUCUGUGUCCUGGCUCUCUGGUGGAAUCAAUUCAGUUGUGCAAACAUCACUUGCCAUGAGACUGCCUUUCUGUGGGAAUAAUAUUAUCAAUCAUUUCACAUGUGAAAUAUUAGCUGUCCUCAAGCUAGCUUGUGCUGAUAUAUCCCUCAAUAUUAUCACCAUGGUGAUAUCAAAUAUGGCCUUCCUGGUUCUUCCACUGAUGGUCAUUUUUUUCUCCUAUAUGCUCAUCCUCUACACUAUCUUGAAAAUGAACUCAGCCACAGGAAGACACAAGGCAUUUUCUACCUGCUCAGCUCACCUGACUGUGGUAAUCAUAUUUUAUGGUACCAUCUUCUUUAUGUAUGCAAAACCGAAGUCGCAAGACCUGAUUGGGGAAGGAAAAUUGCAAGCAUCAGACAAGCUCAUUUCUCUGUUUUAUGGGGUAGUGACCCCCAUGCUCAAUCCUAUAAUCUAUAGCUUGAGAAAUAAGGAUGUAAAAGCUGCUGUAAAAUAUCUGUUGAACCCCAAACCAAUUCACUAAGAAAACCAGGAAAUACACGUCUUUGUUUAACAAGCACAAAGAUGGACUCGGGUAAAUCAAUGAGAACCUUUUUUGGAGAAACCAUGGUUAGAGAGACAGGUGUUUAUCCUUUGCCUUCACUAGCACUGUUCAGCUAGAAUCACUGAGAACUGUAGUUUGCUACAAACUCCAACAUGCUCUGAUACAGAUUUCACAAACAUAAUUAAUUCUUUUAGAACCUCAUCCCCGGUGAUGUCUGAAAUGACUGUUUCUGCAGAGAAGCGUAGUGGAAAACAUUCGCACUAUACGCUGUGGAAAUAGAGAGGCUGUAGUGCAAAAUCUGCAGUUCCAUAAACUACCUGGGUGAUAUUGGAGAGAUUAUUCUUUCUUUCUAAACCAUAGUUAUCAUACUUGUAAUAAGGAAAUAAAAUAAUAAAAAAAAUCCAGGUCUCAGUAUCAUUUAAAGUUUCAAUAAGUUGGAGGAAGCAGCUAGCAUAAUAUCGGCUUCACAGUGUCCUAGAAUUUUAGAAUUGAAACUAAGGCUCCAUAGUGAGGACUAAAAGUUGCUAUUUAUCCCUUCUUUUACUCUCAACUAAUAAUUACUAGAGCCAGAUAUCUCUCACUAAAAGUCACCUCAUUAGUAUAUCAUUAAUAUAAUACUUUCUAUAAUUUUUAAAUUCAAUAUUUUCUAAAAUUCUUAAACAAAAAUAAUUAGAAAAAUUGUUGACACCAUGGCCACCUCCCAAAGAUACCAUUCUAAUGUUUGUCUUAGUAAGUAGGAGUCAUACAUUCAUCAUGUUUUUAUUUUGAUUUAUUAGAUCUACUAUGAGCACUUGGAGUUAAUUUUUUUUCAGUGUCCAACACAUGUUUUCACAGGAUAAAUUCUAAGACAUGAAAUUAAUAGGCCAGGUGGUAUAAACUUUUAAAGUUUCUGGCUAAAUUACCAUUAGAAAGAUCAUAUU